AUGGAUGAGCUACACUCAGCUCUCCUGAGGAGAGGCAUAUCAUAUCUGAACGAUCGAGAUGAGAACGGGCUAACACCCCUCCACUACGCCGUCCAAUCCAAGGAAAGGAACGCAGCGACUACAGCCAACAGAUUUAUUAAGCUUGGCGCAAAUCUCACGAUCUCGGAUGGACGGGACUGCACACCAUACAUGCUGGCAUCGCUUCUUGGUCAGACAGAGGUUAAGCAAGUCCUAGCUCAGGCCCUCGAAAACGAAGGUAAAGACCUUGAGUCCGACUCCUCAACAGCAAAGCAGCUAAGGGACCUUCCUGCAUUGUACCUUGCGGAACACGGCCAUUGGCCUACGCUAUACGACCUGAUUAUCAACAGCAAGGAGAUAAGACCAGACCUCGCGCACAGGAAGAUCGUCACCGGCCAGACACUCCUCCACCUUGCCAUAACUGCAAAACAGUUUAACGUACUAUGCUCGUUGCUUCGGUCCACAUCUCAAUCCUCUGACUCCCAAAGCACUAGCUUCAGAAUAUUUGUCUGCAAUGGCAAUGUAGAUACCGAUGGCUUCACACUACUUCAACGAGCACUCCGAAUGAAAAGUAAGUGUUCGGAUAUCGCGGAGCUCUUACUCAAGUAUCAUGACGACAGCUGUGACUGUGGUAUAAGACAUGCUGGAAUAGACCCUACAGAUGUGGACGAUGACACUGGACCGUCCCUACCCUCGACUUUGAAAGAGAAUGCAAUCGGUUCAGAUUCUCACGAGAAGCAUUCUCUGGCGGAGACUAGAGUUAGUUUCGGUGUCGGUAUCAAGCGGCGGUUGUUCAAUGCCCGUAGCCUCUUGAUGGUGCUAGUGCUGGCUUUGUCGAUGAGUUCGACGUGGGUGGGCCCAUGGGAUGGACGUGGGCCGGGACAGGGGAAAGAUAAUGAGGAUCUCUAA